AAGUUUACCUGAAGAUAGAACUGCUAGUAAAAGGUUAUCUAAAAAUGUUUCUAAUAUUUAUCCAAAUAAAAGAUAUAAACUUUUUGUAUUAAUAACUACUACUAUAGAUACCAAUACUCAG